UUAGUGAUGGCAAUGAGGCGGGGCGGGGCGGGUACCACAAUUCCCAUGACCCGCCCCACACUACUAUUUGCAUUGACGAUAAUACAUCAAUUUAACUAUCACCGAAACCAAACUACCCAUAUUCUACCAUUGUUUGAUAGUUGCAAGUUACGGCUAUUGAGAUCGACGGAAAAGUGUUAAGUUACGGUGAUUUGGCCAAAAUCCUAUAAUUAAAUCAAAGCAUAUGACGGCAAGCAGGCAAGUUUGGACAAGGAGAAGAUGAAACCCAAGAAAUAAAUCAUCAGAAAAAUUGGGCAUUCUAGUUUCCUUCUGUUUGAAAAAAAUUGAUGUUUUGGCCGUUAGCAGAAGGCAGGGGAUGGCAUCUUCCACAAAAUCACCCCACCUCUGACCUUUCCAAGAUCCCUUCCAACGCCCGCCACCGCCGAUCCACUCCUAUAAAUACUCACCAACCCCCUAAACAACUCUUCACCCCGCCGCCGACUCCAUCUCUCCCUCGCUCCAAGCCCUCCUCCCAAUCAAAACAAUGGCCACCGCCACAAUUCCAUCUCCGGUCAUCCACAGAACCCAAUUCCCCUCCGCCAAUUUCACCACCAAGAAGCCCUUUCCCACCGCCACGAAUCUGGGUUCGGUCCGCAACGUCUCCAAAUCGUUCGGCCUGAAUUGCUCCUCCCAGAACUUCAAGAUCGCGGCGGCGGUGUACAAAGUGAAGCUGGUGGGGCCCGACGGGGAAGAAAACGAGUUCGAGGCCGCCGACGACUGCUACAUUCUCGAUGCGGCGGAGAGCGCCGGCGUCGAGCUGCCGUACUCGUGCAGGGCCGGGGCGUGCUCCACGUGUUCGGGGAAAAUGGUUUCCGGGUCGGUGGAUCAGUCGGACGGGUCGUUUUUGGACGAGGAGCAGAUGGAGGAAGGGUAUCUGCUGACCUGUGUGUCUUACCCGACGUCGGAUUGUGUCAUCCAUACUCACCGGGAAGAAGAGCUUAAUUAAGGGGGGAAACUAAAACCAACCCUUGAUUUGUGGAUUUGAUUAUGUUUGCUAAAAAUGCUUAAGUGUUGUUCUUCUUGUUGUUGUCAUCGUAGUUUGAAAGAAAAAAUCAUCUUGGUGUAUCCACUUAAUGCAAUGUCCACCUAGUUAAAAAAAACUUUGGCGUAUCCACUUAGUUCCUAUUCUUUAUUAAAAAAAAAGGAAAAUAAUGUCUCUCUUUGCAUAUCGUCUAAAGGACCAUCAGUAUCCUGUCCCCACGUGUCAGUCACUUUUUUAUUUAAAUUAAAUGCGAAAGGGCACGUGUGGUAAUAUCAAUACAUAUUUUGUUACCACCCAAUACCAUAUGGUAUAGUGAGGUAAUACCAAUAAUAUUACCUAAAAGAAAGGAAAAAAACAGAAGGAGGGAGAGGAAAAAAAAACUUGUCUUCUGUCUCAUCUCAUUUUCCCCCGCAACCAAGAACACCAAACGCCAAAAAAAAAGAGAAAGAUCGGAAUGCCAACGAGUUGAUGAAGAGAAGAAACGCAAUAAAAGAGGGUAACUUCAAUUUUCAUUCGUCGAUUGCUAGAGAAAAAGAAUGAAGAAGGAAGACAGCAGAUCUAGAUUUGAAAAGAAGAUUGUGAAAGAAAAAGUAAGAGAGAAGGAAUAGAGAAAGAGAAAGGAUCUCGAAAGAGAUUAAGAAAAAGGAAGAGAGAAGGAAUAAAAUAGAGUUUAAGAGAAAAAGACCAUUCUCUCUUUUUCAUUGAAAAACCAGCCAUUGAAAUGCAGAAUAAAUAUAAAAAAUACAAAAUACAAAAACGAAAAAAAUGCCCCUCCCCACCCCCCGCGUCCAGCCCAGCCACACGAUUGCUCCAUCCCCCCAGAUCUACGGCUCCCAUGUGAUUACUGACCCUAUCCCAAGCCGCCUAAAAUGCCUCCAAUACCAAUCAAUCAUCCGCCCCCUGUUCUGGAUUUCUUUGCUCUCUUGAUUCCCCUUCCUCCGCUGCCGCCAUCAAUUCCCAAUUCAUUGCCGGCGACUCGCAUUUACCUCAAUCUCCCUUUUCUCUUGCUCGCAUGCAUCUUCAACCCUGCAGCCACCUAAACAUCACUUCCACGCUGACGCUUUUGUUCCUCCGUCACGACGGCAUCGACGGAAGUCCUGGUUCUUUGUCGGAGUCGUCAUCUUAAUCGGGGUUUUUGGUUUCUCAAACAACCGUCCCGGUAUUCACAAUCUAUGGUAUUAUCAUCUUUGAAACACAGAAAGUGCAUGCCAAUAUGGGCGUGAUUGAAGAUGGCAGAGUGGCGGUAAGAACGCCUGUUGAUAGAAAACUUGUAGUCUUAACAACAAGAGGAAAUGAGUCAUUAUAAGGGUGAGGCGCCAUGUCAAGAGGAUCAGUUAGGCACUAACUGGGGGGCAAUUGUUGGGGGUGUUACAAGGGAUGAAGCCCAAACAAGGGCCUAAUAAAACCUAAUGUAGUAAGGGUGGGUUAUCCAGUAGGAGAAGCCCAUGAAUGGGCCCGUAGAGCCCAAUCCAAGUAGGAUGAGGGGCGCAUAAAGACAAUAUACGGAAGACCCCAAAGAAGUCCAAGGUGUCAACGGUCCCCCCCCCCCCCCACCUGCGGUCGCCUGUCAGUUGUCAGAAGACCGACAAGGUGGUUGGGGCGCCUGACAAGAAUGAAGGUACAAAGCAUUA